AGGAAGUUAAAGAUACCAGCGUUGAAGGAUUACUAAGGACAGUUUGUCUAGCGACAUAAUUGCCACUAUGUCUCAAAACAAACUACAAUUGUCAUAUGCAAGUAGUGAAGAUUUGUUAAGUGGCGUCAUUAACGCUUACAGGCCGGAACUAACUGUGGACAGGGUGCACGAGGAAGCAUUAACAUCUUUUAAAUCCACUCAAAUCACAGAGAUUACUGAAUCCAGUUUGGACUUUACUGAUAUUGGAAUACCGAACGAGUAUACGUUUAAUCGGCAUCUACAAAACAGUGGAGCCCCAAGAAUUACAGAGGAAAAAUUAAUGUGCGAAAUACAUGGGAAUUGUGAACUGACACAUUUUUGCAGGAAAUGCCAAGUUCCUGUUUGUCAGUUAUGUAGACCAUCACUGAAACAUAAAGGCCACAGAACGAAACGUAUUGGAGUGGCAGUAGUAGAGAGGAAACAAGAGCUGAACGACAAGUAUAUAAAAAUGGAACAAGAUAAGAUCAAGGCACUUCGUAGAAAUCUGGCGUUUGUUGAAAACGAAAAAUCCAAUGUCCGAACGUCUUGCGACGAAGUUGUUGCAAGGAUUCGCCAACGGUGUGCUUAUAUGAAAAAUGUCCUGGAUACAAUUGCAAAUAGUUUUGUUAAAGAGGUCUAUUACAAAAAGAAAGACUGCUUACAACAGUACACACAUAUCAAGAAAGAAAUUGAGAGUGAAAUAAAAGAAGGUGAUUGUGAUCUAAAUCACAUGCUUUAUCUAUUUGAAUUGCCUAACGAUCAACAGUUUUUAAAACAUUUCAAAGACCUGAAGGAAAAACCAAGUGUAGUUAGAAAAGUUCCAAACAUAUGGAAGGAAUACGUCAAGUUUGAUCAUGGUCGUCUUUCAGUUCAAGAGUUAAGAGACAAAUUUGGCACUGUUAGUUUUGUAGUAGCGACAGAUGGUGGAGCGUUUACUUAUGAAAGCAAACGACAAUAUGGACGUCUUUCAUGCAGAACUAAAACAUCAUUUAGAUGUGAAAGGAAGAAUGUUGAAACUGACGAUGACGAACAAGGAGGGUCCAUCAACUCGAUUGUCAAAUUCGGAAAUAGUCUUUGGGUAAACUCCGGUCUCAGUUCAAAACAUAUAUCAUUGCUUAAUGAGAAUGGAAAAACAAUUCAGUCACUGCCGUUAAUGUUCAAAGUAGAAGAAAUAACGUGUUCUAAAAACGGGGAGCUAAUUAUGACUUCAUUUCGAGAUAAAGUUAUCAGAAAAGUUUCUAAUACCGGAGUUACAAGCGAUUUAUUCAAUGUACCUUACCACCCUAAAGGUAUUACUACAACUAAAGAUGGCGGUUAUCUCGUAUGUAUGUGUGAAAGCUAUUCCACAUCAGUUUGUGAAGACAGUCACCGUCUUGUUGUAAAAUACACGUCCGAGGGCGACGAGGAAUGUAUUUACGAAUAUAACGGAGAAGAAAAGCUGUUUACACGACCAUUUAGAGUAAUAGAGAAUAUAAAUGGAGAUAUAUGUGUAAUUGAUAAAACUGCCAUGGGCAGUGGUCAAGUGAUAAUUGUAGACAGAACAGGACUUGUCAAAACGAUAUAUAGUGCAGAUAGACAUCAAACAAACAACGGACAUAUUAAUAAAAUUGUAUCCAGAUUUGCUCCCUCUGACAUUGCAUGUGAUAAGAACGGCCGAAUUUUUAUUGUUGAAUCUGAUAACCACAAAGUGCACCUAUUGAAUAAGACAGGAAGUUUAAUUGGACAUUUUUUAACCAAUGAAAGUGACUUUUUCUGCCCACUUUGUAUAACAACUGAUGAAAAUAACCAGAUUUGGAUAGGAAAUGAAUAUGGUGAAAUAAAAAUGUUCACGUGUGACUGGCAGUGAAACAAUAAAAAUGUUCACGUGUGACUGGCAAUGAAACAAUAAAAAUGUUCACGAGUGACUGGCAAUGAAACAAUAAAAAUGUUCACGUGUGACUGGCAAUGAAACAAUAAAAAUGUUCACGUGCGACUGGCAAUGAAACAAUAAAAAUGUUCACGAGUGACUGGCAAUGAAACAAUAAAAAUGUUCACGUUUGACUGGCAAUGAAAUAAUAAAAAUGUUCAUGUGUGACUGGCAAUGAAACAAUAAAAAUGUUCACGAGUGACUGGCAAUGAAACAAUAAAAAUGUUCACGUGUGACUGGCAAUGAAACAAUAAAAAUGUUCAUGUGUGACUGGCAAUGAAACAAAUGAAUGAAUGAAUAUUUUUUUUUAGAUGUAUAUAUAUUAUUUGGAAGACUAUUGAUAGAUGAUCUUUACACACAUAACCAGCUUGCUGUGCUUUGACUAUAAACUGGGAAAUUUUUGUGUACGUUUUCGCUUAAAUGAUUACUAUUUUGUUUGUUAAGUCAAACUUAUAAAAAUGACAAAUUUAAAAUAAACCAAUAAAUAAACUGAUCAAUGGUUUUCAGAUUUGUUAACGACACUAGUACUAACAAGAUGAAAGAUACAUUUCUGAUAUGUUUAGUCAAAA